AUGAGGGACUUGGACAUAAAUCAAGUACCACCUUCAGGAACAGAGGAAGAAUGGAUGAUGAUGAUGGUGGGAAACACAGUGGACGAAGAAAAGAGCGGUGGUGGUGGCCCUCCCCAUAAGAAGCUUCGUCUCUCAAAGGAGCAGUCUCGUCUUCUAGAACAGAGCUUCACAGAGAACCCCACCCUUAAUCCUAGGCAAAGAGAAGCUUUGGCUUUGCAGUUGAAGCUAAAUCCACGACAAGUGGAAGUCUGGUUUCAAAACCGCAGAGCCAGGACAAAGUUGAAGCAAACAGAGAUGGAAUGCGAGUACCUGAAGAGGUGGUUCGGAUCAUUGACGGAGGAGAAUCGGAGGCUACAGAGGGAGGUGGCAGAGCUGCGUGGCAUGAAGGUGGGGCCUCCCACGGUGAUGUCUACGCACAGCUGCGAGCCUCAGCAGGUGUCGACGCUGUCCAUGUGUCCAAGGUGCGAGCGCGUGACGAGCAGGAGCAGGAGCAGGGACCAAUCAGUCGACAAGGGCCCCACAACAUCCACGGCCAUAUCGACCUUCUUUCAUCAUCCCAAUAUGACGAAUACCAAGACCCCACCACCGCUCUACCACCACCACCACUCUACACAACCUUCCGCCGCUUGCUAA